ACGUCGCGUAUCUCCAUGGUAACGGCCAGAUUGGGCCAGAUGCCAGAUUCUGUAAUGACCGUGUCGGCGAACCGAAGGAUGUAAAAUUUGGUGGUUAGGGUUGAAUGAACGAAAUGUGCCGAAUAAGAUCUAUAUUCAUUUAUACAGUAUGCUUUUUACUGCUCAUGUUGUUUCUCUUAUUCUACAUACUGGGAGCGGCUCGCUACGUUACAGAUUUCGAGGAAAAUACUUGCGACAUGACAUACAUGUUUGAGUACCCACAGUACGUGAUACGUAAAAAUUUUAAACGACUCUUUACCACGUUGCUAUAUUAUCAGAGAAUUUCCUUGGACAAUGAAAUAGAACAGCGGUAUCCAAGGUACGGAUUGUAUGCGUACGGAGAAGGUUUUGUCACCGAGAAGCUCAGAAGAAUGUUUUUCUCAGGGAUACCGGUACUCUUUAUACCAGGCAACGUUGGAUCUCAUGAACAAGUGAGGUCCCUGGCAUCUGUAAGUCUGAGGAAAAGUUUAAACGACAGAACUCCGUUUCACUUUGAUUAUUUCACUGUAUCAUUGGGCAAGGAUUAUUCCGCUUUGUACGGAGGUGUACUAAUGGAUGAGACAACGUACGUAUCGCACUGUAUACGGAAGAUAUUAAGCUUGUAUAAAACCAACGUAGAAAGCAUCGUGCUAAUCGGACACUCCAUGGGAGGAAUCAUAGCUAAAGGUUCUCUCGUCAUGACGCCAAAUGUAAAUGCCAGCGUUGCAAGUAUCAUUUUUACUUUAGCUACUCCUCAUAUACCUACAUUGGUGUUGGACCAUACUUUCGCCAGCUAUUAUCACAAUUUGGAGGACCGUUUGAGCGCGAUAAAAGAUGCUGGGACGAGCGUGAUAUCGAUAGGAGGUGGACCACGCGAUAUUCUAAUAACACCGACACAGACUUUGGACACAACGGCCAAUAUCAAUGUUAUUUCAAACACUGUACCCGCCGUCUGGAAAUCUACGGAUCAUCUGAGCAUACUAUGGUGCAAGCAGUUGGUCUUCUCUGUUGUACGUUCUUUGUUUGAUUGCGUCAGUUACGCUCAAAGACAGGCGAGGAUAUUUCCCAAGUCCGAAGAGAGAAUCCGGGCAUUAUCGUAUCAUCUUAAUCAUCGUGCCUCUGGGAAAAAGUUCUAUUCCUAUAAAGAGAAAAUACAAUUCGAAUUUGGUGGUGAGUGGAUAGAGAAUAUUCAAAGAAAUUAUGCGUGGAGUAACGAAAACUUGUCUAAAAGGACGUCCCCUGUUUAUCUUAUGAUUAGAUUGAACGGACAACCAGAUCAUUUAACUAUCGAUACUACAAAUUUAGAAACUAAGGAUUGGUUGUUCGUAUGUUCAGCAUCCAGUGUACAGGGACAAUCGAGAGUUUGCAACUGGGGCUGGAAUUUGACGAAUAGAACGAGGAUCAUGCCGGAUCCGCUCAAACAUCGACUUAGAAAAACGGUCGACUUGGAUCUUCAAGAUUUGCUAAAAUAUUCUGGCGUAACGCACGUUGUAGUAAGAAUUCUGCCGGAUAGUUUAGAAGACCAUGUUGUUACGGUUAACGUUGAUUUGUAUUCGUACGAUGCAAGAGUGAUCGGACCAAUCGGAGGUAACGGUUUACUGAAAGAUCUAUUGACAAAGCCUAAAGUCAGAAGAUCUGAUCUCGGUCAUGUCAGAUAUUACGUCUUGUUCGGCGAGUUUAUAAACACCGUGACGGUUGAAUUGAAAGUACGAUCGGAAUGUACUGACCCGAAACAUGCGAUGGUCGAAUUGCAAGAGCCAUGGAGCGUGGGAGUUUCACAAAUUCAAUUUUUUACAGUCGUGGAUAACGGGCCGAAAACGAUGAAAGUUCAGACGAGACCCAGACAGCCUGACGUUUUUCCAAGUCUAAGAUUAACUUUGGAUCCUGCGUGUUCUUAUAUGAUAGAUAUUAAAAAAGCAGGUAUCAUAGAUCGAAUAUCUUGCAUCGUGAGGGAUCGUUGGCACCUCUUAUAUACGACUGCCGUUGCCUUACUGUUGUUAAUUUUAUCUACGAGAAUUACUCAUGGCCACGAGAGAACUCCGAUACUGGUAAUCACGAUAUGUCUCUCGUUCUGUUACGAGUUGACGUUCGAAUGUCUCGUCGCUUCGGCGAUUCUCUGCGUGUUCACAAUUGGGCUGUGCUGUUCCGUCGUACUCCUCGGUUCGUUGGCCCAUAGUAUCGCCGUUAGAUUUCUCGCCCGCGCAAUUGCAUUUUCAACGACCUGGUCCGACUGGCUGCUCGGAGGAUUGAACCAGUUACCGUUCAUCACCGCGCUUCUUGUUCUUUCUUUAAUUCCUGCUACUUGCGGAGCUCUGGCCAUGAUAGUUUCGGUGUUUUUGUAUUUCUUGAACUUGACGAGAAUGUACGAGGAUUAUUUGGAAGAAUUGUUAAUGGGUUCGUUACGACAACACUUCAGUUGGAUGGCGCGAUUCCGAAGCACUAAAAAUAACAACGAGGAACGACACGACAACGACGACAACGAGGACACGAAACAAAAGAUAUUUAAUCAUCUUUUAUUCUUUUUACUUUGGUGUCUUACCGCUAUACCGGCUGUUCCCUCUGCACUCGUUUGGGCAAGAAAUUUCAGCUAUGACAUGAGGCUGUCCAACGAAGAUCCUCUACUGCUACAAAGCUGGAUACUUUUGGUAACGUACAGUACAAUGGGAUGGGUACAGAUUCCGUCUAAUGAUCGUAAAAUUCGAUCCCAAAUACUCUCCAGUAUAUUAUGUUUCUUGGGAUGGGUCGUAUUGUUGAUGGGAGCAACGCCCCGUCCAUCUUUUUGUCAAUACUAUGUACCACCCGUUAUGGCCUUAGCUAUCGGUACUGUUGCUCUGAAUUUCAUUUUCCUUUAGAGUACUACUACUUAUUUUUUACGGAUUUUAAGAACAAUUAAUUUCGCCGCACAGUCGGUAAUGUUAAUAAUAUUUUACGGUAAUGUUGACGAAUACGGACGGAUUACGCGUCGACUGUAAAUAUCGGAACAUUAGGAGCUAAUAAAAUAAAUAUACUCGAACUUGUAACACAAGUGCAGAAUGAACAAUCAUCAAACUUACCGCUGCUACUACUAUUACUACUACUACUACCGACUAACUAUAUUCAUGUUUUAUUGAAUGAACAACUGCAGUCUAUGUAAUUGGAACAAAAAAAGUACUUGAUUGUACGCCAAACAAUAGAUUUAUUAUUUAUAAGA